CAUAAGAACAACACGUAUUCUUCUGACGUUGAAACGCAAUUCCUUUACUACAUGUACUUGAACCUUUGACCGUGACGUCUUAACGCCAUAUCCUCGACUUUAAUGCGCGGACGUCUUAUCGUUUUAGACGGAGACGUGCGCUUGUCUGGCGGUUCUAGCCAAAACGGUAGAGUUGAGGUGUUACACGAUGGUCGAUGGGGCUCAAUUUGCCUUGAUGGCUGGGAUUUCAACGAUGCUCUUGUAGUCUGUAAGCAACUGGGCUUUCCAUGGCUCAACCGUGACGAUUGGAACUACGAUGGCGGCAAUUUGACGGAACUAGUCUGGCUUAGUAACGUUCAGUGCAAGGGGUCGGAAACCAGACUAGAUGAAUGUGCGAAUGACGGUUGGAAAGAGCAUCAAUGUGCCGAGACCAGACGGGCUGCGGCUGUUGCAUGUAUGGACCAGGAGGAAUUUAAAGGUCAGCAGUUUUAUAUUACCCUUGGCGAUGGCAAUGGCCCUACAGUUUUUGAAAAUGACGGACGAGUUAUGCUUUGGUAUAGCAAAGAUCUCAUCAUAGGUCCGAGGGUUUACCUAGUCUGCGAUCAGGGGUGGGAUCUGGCAGAUGCUAACGUCAUCUGCCGCCAGGAUGGACACUACUCGGCAAAACGAGCCCUUACCGACUCCUACUUUGGGAAUCAUCGUCCAUUACGCUCACAAGAAAUCGCAUAUUUAGCCACCGACUUUGCGUGCAUCGGUAACGAGAGCAAACUCAUCGAGUGUCCCGCCAACUUUUGGUUCCAGGAUAACUGUACUGCUAAUCACCAAGCAGGGGUUCUCUGCAAUCGAAUUAAAGAGCCAGAAGACUUUCAGUUGAGACUUUUGGGCGGCUCUAACGCCAGAGAGGGUAGAGUUGAGUUCCACGUCAACGGAACAUGGGGAAGUCUCUGCUUGAAAAAAGACUACACAUUCUUCGACGAGGAGAGUGAUGUGAUCUGCCGUCAGCUUGGGUUAGGGUACGGCCUGGAAGCACCACAAGACGACCGCUUCGGCCGUGGGUCUGGCCCGGUGGUCUUCCCUUCUUCCGUACUUUGUUCAGGCUCAGAAUCCUCGUUUGCUCAGUGCUAUAUGCGAGAUGAACCGGAUCAAGAAUGUUUGCAUCUUGAGGGGAGUAGCGAGGCUAGCGUCAUUUGUAGCGGUCCGAUUCCAGAGGACCGAAGUCCAGUCAGUUUUCAAAGACGUCAAAAGGAUGGCUUGCUUCAAAUUCAUCACGAUGGGCUUUGGGGUGCCGUUUGUGCAAACGGCUGGACAGAUGCCAACUCCAAAGUCGUGUGCAGAGAACUGGGACUUGGAGCCCCGAAAUCGUUCUCUACCACGCAGUACUCGUGGAGAUCUGGACCAGUGUUUCUGGGUGAUGUAUCGUGUACAGGAGACGAGGCUACAUUGGACCAGUGCAAUCUUGGGCGUUGGUCCGGGAAUAACUGUACCCAGUCGACGCUCCUUGGAUUGACUUGCAGUGCUAGUGCUGUCGUCACGGCUGCAGUACCAUCCAUUCUCGUAUUCGCCAGCCUGGCGGUUUUCCUGCACUAACUCGUGUAGUGACUCCUUCGUCUUUCCCAGGUGAAACUGUGAUUGUGACAUAGAACCUCAUGGUUGCUAAUUCUUUGUACAAAUUUAUUUAUCUGCUGCAUUCCUUAAUAGUGUGUAUACAAUUUGGAAAAAUUAGCACUGUUUUUCUUUGUUCUUGUGUUUGUCCUUGUCUAAUCUUGACAGUUUUGUACUGUUAGCCUUGUAAUGUUCUGCUUAUAUACCGACAGGAGCCUAGGCUUGAAUGAUAUUUUAAUCCAAAAGUUUUUACAAAGUUUGAUUUAAUUAAAAUUCCUGGCCAUGUAAUAUGUGAUAUACUUUUACUGGGGUUAUAAGUUCCUGUUCAGUUUGACCCGCAAUCCGGGUUCUGUUUGGGCUACCUUUUCCAGGUCAAAAACGAGACUUUUCUGGAUCGAAAAUGAUACCUUUCCGGGUCAUUUUGGCCUAGCAACCUUAGCAAAACGUAUCAUUUUUUUUUACCCGGAAAAGGGUUAUGCCAAAGCUUUCGGGUGAAUAUGAUUGGGGACUUUUUCUUAUAAGUUGCGUACGACGCUUUAAAUUAUAUUUUCAUGACCUUUCUUUAAAAAACAAUCACAAGUGUACUUACCAUGGAUGGGGACUAAAAGUGGUUUUUUGUGUGCAUUGGAACACAAAAAUGUACUGCAAAAAUGAAGUAUACUCAGAAACCCUUUCUAAAGAAGCACACGUUGGAAACACUCGAUGAAAUACACAUUUUUUUUAAUAACCGUAUGUUAGGCCCCCCAAAAAAGUCUCCGGUUUCUGG